AUGUUCGACACGUCCUCGUUUAAAUCGAACUCGACGUCGCCGUCGUGCCUUCAGAUGACCGAAGAGGAAUUCGAGCCAUAUGUGCGGCGGAAGCGAGCCGAAAGUGCGAAUCGCAAAAAAAUGCAGGGACUCAAUGAGCAGGAGCAAAACAUGCUUCGGAAUUCGAUCAAUAGUCGCGAGCGUCGCCGAAUGCACGAGUUGAAUCAUGAGUACGAGCUUUUGCGGAAUUGCCUUCAAAUCGACAGCAGCUCGAGCUCGGGUCGCCUCAGCAAAGCGACGACACUUAUGUUGGCGACGAAUCGAAUAACAAAUCUCACGAAUAAUCUGAAGGUGCUUGAAGCGGAAUUGAAGAAAGUGUUAGCAGAGAACGCCCUUCUCAAACUGCGCCUCGAGGAAUUGUCAAAAUCAGCGGAGAGGGCGAAAAAAUGCACCAAGUGCCAUCAAUCGGCGUGUUUUUCCGUCGAAUGCCUAACGUCUUCAUAA